AUGGCUGUUGAAAUUACUCUGGUAACAGACAACAGUUUGGAAUAUGCUUUGAUUUUAAGCUUGCUGAGUAGAAAGCCCGUGUGUUUCACAUGUGCGCUUGAUGUUAAAUCUGUGCCGACAUUUAUAAAGCUACUUGCACCCGAAAGUACUUGGAAAGUUUCUGGGGACUUUUUGAAGUUUAUCCCUGGCCCACUAGAAGGAGGAAGGCACAAGUUAAGUGUUGAUAGGAUUCCAGAUGCUCUUGCUUCAAUUAUUUUACUUUCGCCGUUUCUCAGAGAGGAUCUUCAGCUGGAGAUGUCGGGGAUCACAAACCAUUCAAGCUGCUCUGUGGAUCUGUUUAAAAUAACAUAUUACACGAUGUUCAGGGCUUUUAAUCUGCCAAGGUUUGAUCUGUCAGUUAAAAAGAGAGGCUUCGGACCGCUGGGUGAAGGCUGCGUGCUUUAUAAGACAAAAGUGCGUGAGAAAAGUAGAUCCAAUAGAUAUGUGCAGUCCCGAAGACAUCCUAAAAAUCAGGGGCCUUGUGAUAACAUCCAGAAUAGGAUCGGACUUUGCUCAUAG